AGCGCCUUUAACACCAGGAAGGAAAGCACGUAUGUCCAAAAGAUGAAGUGAACGCCUAAAUUUUGUUCAUUUUCCACCUUUCGGUAAAGCAACAAAGAAAAUGGAAAAGUGUCUCAUAAAGGGACCCGCUUUGGAAUUUGGAAGGGACAACAGUCAACAGUCAUCUCCGUACCGUUUUUUUAUUUCUUUCGCGGGGAAGCAAUUCGGAAAUCAAGCAUUUAGCGAAUAACUCUUCACGGCUCUGCUCAAUAUGGCUACCACCGUCGGCAAUGCCGGAGAGAAUGGAAUUCCGGAGCCGCAAUCAGCUCUGAUCUUCCUCGGCACCGGCUGUUCUAGCGCCGUUCCUAACGCUCUCUGCUUGAUCCAGCCCUCUGAUCCUCCUUGCCAUGUCUGCUCCCAAUCACUCACCAUUCCACCUGAACAGAACCCUAAUUAUAGAUGCAAUACAUCACUUUUGAUUGAUUAUUCUCCAGGAAAUGGUGAGCACAAGUAUAUACUUAUUGAUGUUGGGAAGACUUUCAGAGAGCAAGUGCUUCGCUGGUUCACUCUCUAUAGGAUUCCGCGGGUUGAUUCUAUUAUUUUGACUCACGAGCAUGCUGAUGCAGUUCUUGGUUUGGAUGAUAUACGUGCUGUUCAACCAUUUAGUCCAACAAAUGACAUUAAUCCUACACCAGUUUAUCUCAAUCAAUACGCGAUGGAUAGUCUUGCAGUGAAGUUCCCAUACUUGGCUCAAAAGAAACUCAAGGAUGGUCAAGUAGUUAGGCGUGUAGCACAACUUGAUUGGAGGAUAAUUGAAAACGACCCCAAGAAGCCUUUUGUUGCAUCAGGACUAGAUUUUAUUCCGCUUCCAGUGAUGCAUGGGGAAGACUAUGUAUGCUUGGGCUUUCUUUUUGGUGAAAAAAGUAGAGUUGCAUAUAUAUCUGAUGUCUCGCGCUUUCUUCCAAGUACAGAGUCUUAUAUCUCAAGAGAUAGUGGUCAACAAUUGGAUCUACUUAUCUUGGAUAAUCUUUACAAGAAGGGUUACCACAAUGUUCACUUGUGCUUUCCUCAGACCCUGGAGACUAUUAAAAGACUCUGUCCUAAGAGGGCUUUGUUAAUUGGGAUGACACAUGAGUUUGAUCACCAUGAGGACAACGCUUUCCUAAUGGAAUGGUCUAAAAGGGAAGGAAUACCAGUUCAGUUGGCAUAUGAUGGGUUGAGGCUUCCAAUAGAACUAUAGAGAGCCACUCUGUAUCAAAUUUCGUGCAGAUCUACCAUAAACCAUGAAGUUAAGCUCGCCCAUUCUUAUCCCUUUUUCUCAUGAAAAACCAUGAAGUUUGGGGGGCUUGCCCAUUGUUGAACGAGCAAGGUUUCUCAGUCUAAGAGUACAUAUGUCUUAAGUCUUAACUGCUACUACUUACUAGUUACUACUAUACACAGUAAUAUCUACUUCUUGAAUUCACCAACCAUAAAGUAUUGUUUUCUCUACAAUACAUUAUACAUUUAUACCCGGAUAGAUCCCUGCUUUUCUGAUGUGUUGAUGUAUAAUAAAUUGAAAUAUACCUUUUUGCCAUAUGCUCGUUCUCUC